GAUCCACAGACCAGCAGUUUAACACACUGACAGGGUUGGAUUACAAUGUAAGUUCUUACACCCUGUCUGCCUUUGGGAAAGUUUAUGGAAAGAAAAUCUGAAUUUGAACUGAAGACAGAACACGAAGAAGACUGAAUUGAAGAAGAGUUAUCAAGAAAUCGAGGUCUCUGCUGKAGAAGGCGAGUAAAGCAGGACAAUGGAGGAACUAAAAUAUAGGGGGAAGAAAAGAGAGGCCAGGCACAGGGACACAUGGGAUCCGUUCCAGCUGAAUCCUGUGGGAGCAGAGAAGGAGCAGAAAAGAAGAUGUUUUGUGCUGGCCCAGUAUCUUGUGGCUGUAAUUGUGGGAGUGGCAGUUUUAGUCAGCGCUGUUGUUGCCAAGGGGUCCCUUUUGAUGCUGUCAACUCUGUCAAGUCCACAUUCUUUGCAAGACAAAAAACAAAGGCAGUUCUACAAGCUGAUGCUGGUGUUCUGCCUGGUCUGCCCAAACUUCCUGGUCUUUUUGAAAUCUUUUUGGCGUUGUGCGUUCAAGAGUUUUGUAACACCCAACAUGAGGACCAUGGGACUUAUUUGUACCAUUGAAUGUUUAGUGUCCCUUGGUACUUCAGUCCUGGUUCUCGUUGUCAUGCCUCGGUUCGACAUACUGACUAAUCUCUUCAUCAGUGGAGGAGUCUGCAUCGUGUCUGCAAUAUUACAGAUAGUAUUCAGACUGCAAAGAGAGAAGUGGAAAAUCAUCUUCCCAAUCUGCUCCCUCAUUUUCACAAGUGUUGGUUACGCCCUGCUGGGAAUGGACUACUACGUCCGUGAUGCCAUGUUUGUGAAUGGAAAAGAAAACGUAUUUUUCUUCGUGGCAAUAGGAAUUUUCUCUUCUCUCCUUAUCUCCCUGUGCUGGUGGGAAAACACCAUGCAGGCUACACACCGCAUGCAGGAAACACUGUCAGAACUGGAAGGUUUCAGGGACUUUGUCUAUACAAUCAGCAGCAUUCUGAGAAUACUCGUGAUAGGGGCGGUGUACCUUAUCUAUGACGUGCUCAUUGCUAAAACCAUUGUCUGGUCAGACUUCAAUCUGCAGGGUUAUGAUUGGGAACUCCUACAAAUAGGACUUGUACUUCUUUUCCUACAGGCCUUCUGCGCAGCAGCCUGCCACUGGUUUGGUGUGGUGGCCUGCAAAAUCCAUGCUGUUAGGAUGAGUUUUGCUCUACCUCUUUGCUCCACGGGACCUGCAGUGCUCGGGCUGGGACUCAUUCUUUUCUUAACACAGGCAAAAGCACUAGAUGGCUCAAACGCAGACACUAUCAUUGCGUAUUGUGAUAGCUUGGAGAACCUGAAGAACAGUAACACAACAUCUGUGCCUAUGCUUGAGAUGACCUGGAGCAUCUGCCGGACAUCACUUAAAAGCUCCUACUUUCAAUGGCCUUUUGCCAUGCUGGCACUGGAGGGAGUGUGCAUGUGGUUAGGUUUCGUGACAAGUACCUACUACGUCUGGAAGAUCAAGGUCCAGCGUAUAGAAAGAACCUCUCAGCUCUUUGUCCGGCGGCUCUAUGAAUCUGCUUUCAUUGACCUGUCUAUACUACUCAACACAAAGAUGAAGCUUCCAAAAGCUCAAACCAAUGAGAAUCAAGAUGAACUGCAGAGCUGUAUGAUCUAUCUUUGUGCCACCAUGUGGCACGAGACAUACGACGAAAUGCUGAAGAUUCUUACUUCCAUGUUCCGGUUGGACCGCUAUCGAGGUGAUCCAAAAGARGAACACAAGGACUGUUUUGACUUUGAAUGUCACGUUUUUGUUGAUGAUGCCUUUAUGUCGGAAAAGGGCUCCGAAAUAAGACUGGUCAACUCAUAUGUGGAAGACUUGAUCCAUGUUGUGUUGGAGGUUUAUAGGGUAUUUACSAACAAAGAGCCAGAUGAUGUGUCAAUCAUUGAUACUCCCUAUGGUGGAAGGUUAUUGUUUGUCCUGCCAGAAGGGAACAUCCUAUAUGUUCACCUAAAAGACAAAGAGCGGAUCAGGAACAAGAAAAGAUGGUCUCAGAUCAUGUACAUGUAUUACCUGCUUGGCUGGAAGGGUUACAUUUCCAAGAACCCUCAGAAAAUCCCACGUCUGAAUAACGGCCGAGACAGUUUGACCUCUAUGGAUGGAGAGAUUUUUGUGUAUUCUCARUACGACAAUGACAACAAGAGAAAGUUUAUCCCAGAGGAUAACACAUAUAUUCUGGCUUUGGAUGGAGAUACUGACUUUCAACCUAAAGCAGUGGUUCUGCUUGUAGACAGGCUGAGGAUGUAUUACAAUGUAGGAGCAGCAUGUGGUAGGAUUCAUCCUACUGGUAUGGGUCCCAUGGUGUGGUACCAGAAGUUUGAGUAYGCAGUAGGUCAUUGGCUGCAGAAGACAGCUGAACACGUGUUUGGCUCUGUGUUGUGCAGUCCAGGAUGUUUCAGUCUGUUUCGGGGGUCUGCCCUAAUGGAUGACAACGUUUUGAAGAGAUACACAACAACUGCAACAAAAGGAGCACAAUAUGUGCAGUAUGAUCAAGGGGAGGAUCGAUGGCUGUGUACCCUGCUCCUACAACAAGGGUGGCGCGUCGAAUACAAUGCUGCUUCUGAUGCAUACACCAACUCACCGCAGGAGUUCAAAGAGUUUUACAACCAGAGGCGGCGAUGGGGACCUUCUACACUGGCUAAUACUCUGGACCUUUUGCACAGUGGUAARGAAACAGUGAAGAGAAACCAGUCCAUCUCCGGGCUUUACAUCUUCUAUCAGAUGUUCACCGUCGGAUCUUCUAUUCUGGGACCAGCCUCUGURACUCUAAUGAUAGCAGGAGCUUUUCAGUUUAUCUUCCAAAUGGCUGGAACCCUUUCCAUCAUCAUCGCAUGCAUUCCUCCUGUUUUCUACAUCAUCAUCUGUUUCAUAACUAAAGCUAACACCCAAAUAACUAUUGCUGCCAUCAUGAGUGUUCUUUACGCAUUCCUCAUGACCGCAUCCUUUUUUUCCAUCAUUGGUGACAUGGUGGUGCAGGGGACAUUCUUGACCCCCACGGGCGUGUUUUUGGUGUCCAUGGCAAUUAUGUACAUGGUGACAGCGAUAUUACAUCCAGAGGAAAUGACCUUGAUUAUCUAUGGUUUGAUGUACUUCAUCUGUAUCCCCAGUGGAUACCUCCUACUAACCAUCUACUCACUGGUUAACAUGAACAAUGUGUCUUGGGGCACAAGGGAGUCCAACAAGGGAGAAGGAGAAGAGAAGAAACAUCAAAACAUUUUGUGCAAUAGAGACUGUAAACUCUGCUGCUGGGACAUGAAGAUUCAGGUAACCCAGGAAACUGACAACCUCAUGCUUCAGCAGAUCACGACCAUGACACAGCAAGCAGUUCCACUUUUACCCACCGGCAAAGAUAAAUCUUUACCGGCUGCACCAAAAGGUGAUCCUAAAACCAAAGAAAAAGUUGUAGAACCUCAAAAUCAUGCCGCUGAAAAAAUGAAGGAGGAUGGGUCAAUAGACAGUGACGCUGCAAAUAGCGACAGUGGUAUUGUUGGGAAAAAGAGCCCAGUUCCACAUUUAUCUGAUGAUGAAGAUGAGGAKGAYGACGACUUCUUGCCUGGUGAUUUAGAGGAAGAAGAGUUUCCUGUCCGUGAGUGGGUGGAGCCUGUGAAGCAGGAGUUUUUGAAGAAGCUGACUUAUGCCAACAUGAAGAGAAAUCUACAAGCACAAAUACGAUACACACUCCGCAACAAAAUUUAUGAUGAUGUGUGUGAGGAGUUGGUGCUGAUGUUAACCGACACACUUAACUCAGAGCUCAGARAUGUGGGGCCUGAGGAUGUUUUGGAUCAGCCUAGGCUAGAGGUGUUGCAACAUGAACUGACAAAGCAGGCACGUCGCAUCCUUAAGAACAAUCGGUUGCCAAAAUUAGAAAAGAGAGUUAAAAGCGCCAUUGAAAAAACUCUUGCCGCCCCACAAGUCCAAAGACUAGAUGAGGGUGAGAAGGACUUCUGGGACAAGCUCAUUGAACGUUACCUGAAACCUMUCAGUGAAACAAAAGAACAUGUGGAGCAAGUCCGCAAAGAACUGAAGUCACUUCGCAACAAGGCUGUCUUCCUGUACUUUAUCAUCAAUGUGCUGUGGGUGGUAGCUACUUUCUUCCUGCAGGCCAUUGGAAAUGACAUCAUCAGCAUUAAGAUCCCCAAAUUUACUGCAGAUGGAAAUCAUACUGGAGAGUACCUCAAGGUGGAGCCCCUCAGUUUGAUGUUCCUGUUGUCCUUUGCUGUUCUUCUCCUUGUCCAGUUUCUGGCCAUGUUGUAUCACAGAGUCUACACCCUGAUCCAUGUGGUGUCCUACCGUGGAACAGAAAAGAAUUACGUAAAGAGAGACGAUGAGAACGAACAGGAAGAGUUGACCAUGGAGAAUAUGUACGCCCUUUCUAUCACCACCGAGGACUUGUAACCUGCUGCAACAUGAGAAACUAAAUAUUCUCUUACAACCAACAACUUUCUGCCUCUAAAGCUUGACUCCUUUCUGCCUUUACAACACACCAAUUGUAUUUUUCAUCAUUACAUUCACAGGUUAAAAUGUCCUCAUUUUAUUUGUGUAUAAAGCCACACUUCAACACAGGAAAUAAAAAACUUUUCAUCUAUUCUGCAGCGGUUGUUUUGCCUCACGGAGAUUUAAUUGUAAUCAAUUUGUGAAGGCAAAAUGGCACAAGGGAAAUCAGGUUUUAUAGAUUUAAAAUGCUUUGUUUGGCAAUGCAAAAUGAGAAGGUAGGAGUAGGUCUUAACACAUCAGUGGUGAGAGUGCAGUUUAAAUGAGUGUUUUAUCUAAAUGUGUUUGUGUUUUAAGAUUUGUAUUUAUUUUGUUUGUAUGGAUAAAAGUGUCAUUUUAGUCUGAUAGAGGAUGUUGCAGAUUCUGCAUUCCACUUUAAAGUAAAAACAAAAUUAGUUUCACUGAAAAUCAGUGUCAUCUGUAUUUUUAUUUUUUGUCAUGUAUGUGCAACAUUGUUAAAUGACUCACAAUAAUGGGUUAAAMCUUAAUGUGCUGAAAUGCUCCUCAGAAUCAAUGACAGUACAGUACAUUAAAUAUUUACAUUCUUUGUUGUGCAUUUCAUAGAGUACUUUCAAGUUAACRUUGCAUUAUAUUGAUGUAAUUAUGACUGCUGAUCAUGUCAAUGCACUUUACACAAAGCGAGAAAUUUAUAUUAACCUAAACUAGAAAUUCUGUAAAAUAAAAUAAUUUAAUUGUAUUUGUGAAAUGAACUGUAUGGUGAAAUAAAGUKUCUGCAUAUAAAGGAASUGAAUGUUUUUAAAGGGUGCAURCCUUGCUUUUAAACCUUCWUUUUCACAUUUAAAUCUUUCUGUUGGGGUUUAUAUAAAGAGGGAACUGUAAUGUUUUGGUCUGAACUCAUUGCUGUAGCUCCACAGGCCCCUCUUUCACCUCUGUUCUGAGGCGCAUUCAAGAGCGACUCGUUUUGACGCUGUCUCUUUAAAUGCAAACGAGGCCCUUCGUCCCACUCCAGCCUGUUCAGCCAUUUUUGUAGUUUGACAGCAGAGAUAUGAUCAGACACAGAAACGUAUUUACAAAAAGAUGUCAACAAAAUACUUGCUCAUCCAGCCUUACAUGUUAAGAGUCURACCCAGAGCAAGAGGAUGAUGAAGAUGAGGAACCUGCAGAAAAUCGGUAAGCCGGAAGUCUAUGGUUUUGUUUAGCAGUUCUGCAGCAAAUUAUGUGAUGUUAUUGUUCAGAAAACAACAGGGACUAGAUAAAACUGAACACAAAAUAAAGAAUUUAAUAAUCCAUGCAGCACUUYGGACGAAAUUUAGAUUUUCGGCACUCAAGCACACAGCAAAGCAUAUUUAAGGGCUAAAAAAGUGGAUUUUGCAUAUAUACCUUCUAUUACCAAACUUAAGAUUUUAAGGUCUGAUGCACAAACCUUAAACCUAUUUCAAUUCUAGCUCAUUUUAUUACAAUAAAAAACAAGAUUUCUAACUUUACAUGUCACAUAAGAGAAAUAUCGUCUCAUUUCUUUUAUUUAGUAGCAUUAAAGAAAUAUUUCAUUAGCAUUUAGUUCUGUCAGUCUGGCAAAAUCCAACUUACACAACACUACCAUUUAUAAAACCUCACUUUUGAUCUCGGUCACUCUGACCAGCAGGGUCUUAAACACAUCAGGGUCCUGAUCGCAGACUGCUCAGUUUGACAUCUCUGAAAAGAUUAAACACAACAUGAGUUGGGUAUUUUUUUAAUGAAGGAGUCAUUUCAUUCAAACGAAUGAAGGCAAAACACAGUUAUUAAAUGAGGCAAUUGCAAAGCAAUUAUCCAAUGUAUAUUUGAGGAGAGG